UAUUCUGACGUCUUCUCCUUCAAAAGCUGCUGUCACGAGCUCCAUGCUUCAGGCCAAAUUCGUUAGGUAGCAUCCUACACGUGCUCUCUCUUUUCUCCUCUCCUUCUCUCUCGACCCUCUCUUUCUCUCUCUCUCUCUUUCAGUACAUCGCAACCCAAUCACCCCAACUCUGAUCUCCAUCCUCUCUCUCUCUUCAUCUACUUUGCUACUAUUUCUCUCUCAUACCGUUUUCUCGGGUUGUGAAGAGUGUAAUCCCCAUUGCACCCCGUCGCAAAGAAAGAUGGAGAAUUCCUGGGAUUCAUGGUUGGACCAAGCGUUGCAGAAGCUGUACUCAACAAAGCUUAUCAGAACUCUGAGACCCAUUUUCAUGGCUCCCCCUUCAAAUGGUUAUUUAGGAAAUGCCGAUAAAGUUUUGGGGAAUUCGAUGUCAGAAGAGCAUUUCGAGACGUUUGAUGGAAUUCAGCCAUGGGAUAGAGAAGCAGUGGAAGUCGAAAUCACCGAAUCAACGUUUCAGAAAUGGAUGAAUGAGUUUUCAAUCUCAGGGCAUGAGGCGUUUGAUGUGGAAACACAUUUGGAUAACAAAGAAGGAGUUUCACCUCGAGAUGUUAGAAAGCUCAUUCUCUUCUCAGGGAAUGAUUACUUGGGAUUGAGUUCUCACCCAAUGGUUAGAAAGGCUGCUGCUAAGGCUGCUCAAGAUCAUGGGAUGGGUCCAAGAGGUUCGGCUUUAAUAUGUGGUUAUACACAUUAUCAUAGAGUGCUGGAAUCAUCUUUGGCAAGUUUGAAAAAGAAAGAGGAUUGCCUCCUUUGCCCGACAGGGUUUUCAGCCAACAUGGCUGUGAUGGCAUCGGUAGGAAACAUUGCUUCUCUUUUAUCUGUUGGUAGGAAACCCUCAAAGAGAGAGAAAGUAGCAAUUUUUUCUGAUGCUCUAAAUCAUGCAUCACUCAUAGAUGGAAUUCGACUUGUUGAGCGACAUCAAGAAGCAGUGGCCUUUGUGUAUAGGCAUUGUGACAUGAUCCAUCUCGAUGGUCUACUCUCCAGUUGCGAAAUGGAGAAGAAAGUGGUUGUGUCUGAUAGCUUAUUUAGCAUGGAUGGAGAUUUUGCACCUAUAGCUGAACUUGUGGAGCUUCGCCAGAAGCAUAACUUUCUCCUUGUUAUUGAUGAUGCUCAUGGAACACUGAUUUGUGGUGAGAAUGGAGGUGGAGUUGCAGAGCUGUGUGAGGCUGAAAAUUACAUCGAUAUUUGCAUUGGUACUUUGAGUAAGGCUGCAGGUUGCCAUGGUGGAUUUAUUGCUUGCAGCCAGAAAUGGAAACAGCUUAUACAAUCAAGGGGCCGGUCUUUUAUAUUUUCAACAGCUCUUCCAGUUCCUGUUGCUGCCGCUGCACAUGCUGCUAUUACUGUAGCGAGAAAGGAGAAAUGGCGACGAAAGGCUAUCUGGAGUAGAGUGAGAGAAUUCACUUCCUUGACUAACAUGCCAGUUUCGAGCCCCAUUAUUUCACUGAUUAUAGGAAAUGAAGAAUCGGCACUUCUAGCCAGCAGGCAUAUGCUGAAAUCUGGUUUUCAUAUUACUGCAAUUAGACCUCCCACUGUCCCUUCAAAUUCAUGCAGGUUGCGGGUGACAUUAAGUGCGGCGCAUACAUCGGAUGAUGUGAAGGCUCUCUGUAAUGCGCUUUUCAUGUGCGUUGAUUUUUCAUGCGCCAACAGCAUUACAAGUUCCAACUUAUUGAAUUUGAAUUACGUUGCACAUGAAGAAACUGAAGAUAGAGCAUUUCUCUCCCAGAAUGACAUGUUAAGAGCCAAGCUCUGAGAUGUCAACACCUCUCUCUCUCUCUCUUGCUAGUUGCGAAGCUGUGAGAUGUCAAUCUCUGUGUGUGUGUGUUUUGUUCGGAUGAUAUUUUUGGGAAAUCGAUUGAUCGGGCUUUUUUC